CCGGCCUUCCAGGCCAUCAACCUCGAACCCGAGGAGAAUAUCGAUGAGCAGAUUGACACGACAAAGGAGGUUCAUGUCGACGAGGCUCUCAAGCGUUUCCAAACAGCUUUGAAGCUCCAUGCCCAAGGCCAGCCCUCCCGCGAAGCUGCUGCCGCAGCCUACGACGAACUAUUUGAGUCGGAAAUCUUCAAAUACCGCGAAGCGAGGACCGAUUACGAGCGUGCAGAAAGGCAAGCAAAUGGGGAGGUCGAUUCCCAAGGACUCGAGGCCUUCCCCGCGGGCCUGGACAUUGACGCCGGCGGUGCCGACGGCGUGGCCACAACCCUGUCUCUGGCCCUGUACCUAGGAUACAAGAACUACGGAGAGUUCUUUCUCGAUAAGCUGAAGGACCUGCGAUACUCGGACCCCAACUGGAAGAAGCGCCGACGAAUCUACGGCGAUGAAGGUGGCGACAAGGUUUUAGACUACUGGGCCAAGGCACUCGACCAGGAUCCAUCCGACCCGGAGGUAUGGCGCAGGGCAGGCCGGUUCGCCGCGUCCAUGAACAGCGCGCGACUCAAGCGAUUCUGUCUCGAGGCCGCAAUCGAACUCGACGACGACCCGGCUACUACCGAAGUCGAGCCCCCGUCCCUAGCAGAGGGUCUUGCUGGUGGCCAACUGAAGAGUCAGCUCGAGCUUCUUGACGAUAAGAUAGCCCUGUCGCAUCCUGCCAUGUUGCCCUGGGUGGAAAAGAAUAUCCCCGAGCUCAUGAAGCGUCUCAUGGAUCCUAUACCAUUUCUUCCAGACCCUACUCAAAGCUUGACCCCGCCACCCUCGAGCCCACCCAGAGAUCAGAAACUGCUAGAAAAUGAAGAAGAAGAAAACGAUGCCGACCCUGUAUGCUCUUGGGCGGAUCUCGGAGAAGAGCUCAUGAAGCACAUUGACGACUUGACAGCCUCCGUUAUAGAAUGCGGUGCCGAGCCGGACCCACCCUCCCCCGAUCGGGAAAUGACGCCGCAGAAUGGCGAAACUGGUGAUGCAGACAAAGGGACGUCUGCUACACAAGAGAAAGAAGCCACCGGACCGUCAAAGGACAAGAACGGUACCAAAGAAGGAGACGGUAAAAAAGAGAAUGGGACCGAUUCUGGGAAGCAAAAGGUGGACAAGACGGAAGACAAAGCACAGAAUGACCGGGGAAGCUCAGCUCCGACGACACGCAAGAGGUCUCAAUCAACAGCAGGAAUCCCUGAGGCAGUAGACGAAGAAUCGGUGCGCGAAAAGCGUAGCAAGCGAGUUCGCAGGCGAGAGACUGUUGAUGCCUCCGAGUCUGUAGCCCCCGGUGCCUCGAUUGCCUCCCAACUUCAGCCGUUUCAAGAAGCCGACCACAACCUGUUCCAGGCGACGAGGAACAUAUUGGAGAACCUGGGUGUCGAGGACAAAGAGACAAUCCAACGUCUGACAGAGCUUCAAGAGUCGUCAACAUCGGAAGACCGCAUGUCUGGGCUCACGCCAUUAGCGUCCAAAGACUUGCGCGCUGUGGUGUCCACCUUCUCCCAGGAGACGGCGCGAGUCUUGACCAGCAAGGAAGAGAAGCCUUCACUGGGCCUAUCGUCUUUCCUGGAACAUGCGAAGUCGGGCUCGCAGGACCAAGCCAAAGGAACGCCAUUCAACGAGGCCAAGGGGCUCAGGGCCUUUGUCGAUCGUAUCAAUGCAAACACCUCUUGGAUGACAGGCGGAGACGCUGCGUUUGAGUGGAUCCGGGCCGUCAGCAAGUCAUAUACCAAAGUCAAGUGGCCCGACGAGAUGAAGGCGACCGUCAUCCAGAUGCUCAGUCGAUUCCAUUGCGGUCUGCUGCAACGGGUCACUGAUGAAAUUGAAUACUCACAGGCAUCGCCAGAACGGUUGGAGGACCUGAGCACGUUGGUCCCUAUGCUAUUUGAAUUGUGCAUGGACAUAUAUGACGACAUCAUCGAUCCGGCCAGCGUCGCAGGCUAUGCUACCCGAAUCGAGACAAAGGACCGUCUGUCACGCUGGCUUAACGUCACAUCGACAUACGUCAGCCUCCUAGAUAGGCCGGCCAGUGACCCCAUCUGCGUGCGCUUUAUGUGGGCGUCAGUCGUAGCAGCAUCCCAUGCUGAAGAUCCUGUCAGGGAGCACAUGCUCUUGAUGUGGACGUCACUCAGGGAUUUCAUGUCGACCGAGAAGACCGAGCCCAUAACGCUCCCCAACAGCAACGUCAUGCCUAUUGUAUCUGCAGAGGCUGCCGAUAGGGAGAUUUCUAGGCUCACCACAAUGGACUUCUUCAUCGGGCUAUUCCAGGAUGAGAUGGAGAAUCCUGUUCAUGUCAUCGAGACGCUGGAGCCAGUCCUUAAUCCUUCAUCUGUCCGCGUCAUGGCCGAAGAUAGCCCCCGCUCAUCUGUGGAUGCCGACGGCGAAAAGGCCACCAAGGAGACAACAGAAGACGGCGAGCCCUUGUCAGAAUGUGCUGGUCAAGGACUACGUGAUCUGUGGAAAUUCCUCCUCAAUAGCAGCACGGAGCUGAGGCUCUUUCUGUGGUCGCAGCUGGGCAUCGCCUACGAAGCCAUUGAUUACAAGACCAAGAAGUUCUCGUGCCACCUCAGGAGCAUCGAGAUGAUUGUUGCUGACCUCGACGGAGAGGCGUAUACAAAGACCCCCGAUGACUCGCGAAAGCUUCUCUUGCUCAGGACUCUUAGGUCUCUAGACGAGCAACUAGUACAGGCACUCUCCAUGGCCAUCAACGAACCCACCGCUUUUGAUAUCAUUGACGGGGACCACUUCAGGUCCACUGCUGCGGCCCUGGCCAAGGUAAAUUGCCUGCUUCAUGUGGCAUCUCUCUGUGAGGACGAGGUUCGCGUGGGCAUCAGCGCUUCGCCUGCCUCACCUAACAACAGCACAUUUCAGGCCAUGAGCAACAAGCUCCGCGAGAUGCAGGUGCGAGCCUGGACUCUUCAUUACACUCUCAUGGACGCGGCUAUUGAGCAACACGGCUCGUUCAUCUCGCCGGAUAACGAAAAGGCCAACUAUCUCUCAGCCGUCCACCGGGUAAUCGGACUUCGCAAAUUCUGCAAGGUCUCCAACAAAAUCUUCCUCAACCUCAUGCGUAGGGAGCUGCUCAGGAUGAAGGACCUUGACCAUUGGGAGGACUAUCUCGAGCAGGUGCUCUACGACCUGUACGGGCUCAAGCUCGGCGUCGGUGCGUUCGGCGUCCAGGAGCACGGCUGUCCACAUGAGACGCUUCAAAAGUCCAAGGCGAUCCAGCUCGUAGAGCGCGUCAUGGUGCUUGCCAAGCGCAUGUCAGUUAAGGACCUGCUCAAAUCGGAGCUCAAGACGACCAUCGACCACAUGCAGCAAGCCAUUGGCCAGCUCAAGUCGAACGCGCAGAUGAUCCACAACCUGCGCAACUUCACCGAGUACCUCAAGAAGCCCAUCCACCCGCUAAGGCUUUACCGGGCUCUCACGGGCGGCGUCUAUUUGGAUGCCGUCAACGUGCCUCCUCGCUCAGAUGCCGUCCUGGCUAAUCACGGCUGGUUCUUUCUCCUCGGUAUGAUUGCUCUGACCAAGUUCAAGGGUGUCGAUCUCAACCGUCGCCAGACGCCCGGCGCUACCGAUGAUCUGCGCAUCGGCGCCACGUUGCUCCGCCUGCAGUUGCAAUUUACCCCAGAUCGCUGGGAUGCCUGGUUCCGCCUGGCCGAGUGCUUUGACUACGAGUUGGAUGAGGCUGUGCUGUGGACGGCCGAGAGGAUCAACAAGGACCGUGCCGAGCUCCUCAGAUUCCAGCGUGGCGCCAUCCACUGUUACACGUUGGCCCUGUCGCACUCGCACAUUGUGGACAUUGAGGAGUAUGAUGGCGACCCACUGCACGACCUGUAUCAGCGCUUCGGUAUGCGCAUGUACUCUUCUAGCAGACAGCCGUUUGCCAUGGAGCCGUUCCAACACUCGGAGCAGGAGCGCUUCUUCAUCGAGGCCACAGGACAGGGAACUUUCAAGCGCAUCGUGCACGAUGAGCUGCCGCAGUACAAGGUGUGGAAGUACGCAGCCAGGCUGUUCAAGAUGGCCGCAAAGCGCCAGCCCAACAACUGGAAGAACUCCUACAUGCUGGCCAAAUGUUACUGGAAGAUGUUCACGGCAGAUGCGGACCAGAUGGACGCGACCGACCGGGACUCGCACAUCACGGCCAGCACCUUGCUCGAGGUGCUCAAGAAGUCUGUCGAAGUAGCGUACAAUGCGCGUAAGUCCCGCAGGAGCGAGCCCAUCCUCGAACCCCACUACAAGAUUGUCUCCAUUGUGCACAAGAUGGUGAUGCGCGGCGACCUGCAGGCCAAGGAGGCCGCCAAGACACUCUCGGAGCAGCCAUUUGGCGUGUCUAUCAAGGAGGACGACGAGUUUGCCUCGUUUGACAAACCCGAAGACUGGGAUGAGUACAUAAUUGCUAGCCUGGAAAACUUGGCGGACAAGGAUAAGUCCAACUGGCAACACCGUAUCAUUAUGCGUCAUGCUACCAUCCUGUUCAAGGACGACGACAACGCCACCACGAACAAUAACAAGACUAGCAGCGAUGGUGUUGGCGAGGAAGGUGAUAGCAAUGACGACGGCGAUGAAAAACAAGGACAAAAGCCUUCUGAAGAGGUCUGGGAGUCUGCCAGGGAUGCCUUUGACAUCCUGGGCGACAGCAUGCUCACCAAGACGAUGGUGAUGAACGUGUGGAAAUGCGACGCGGAACGGCCAGGCCGACACCAUGUGUAUACGGAACGAUAUACGCGUUUUGUUGUGCGACUGCUUGGUAUUCUUUCAGACAGAUUCAACAUGGAGCAGCUUCUUAAACGGAUCCGCAAAAAGGGAGCCGACUUCUAUCACUUCCUCGACUUGUGGCAGUGGUGUUGUCACGAGUUUGUCAAGCUUCUGCGGAGGAUCUACGAGAUUCCUGAGGCCACCGAGGAGGUGUUCAAGUCCAUGUCAGCAGAGGAGUUUGAUAUUGUCUCAGGCCGAAUCACGGACUGGGCGGUGCCCGAGGGUCCCCACACGGCCGUGUUCAGCUGUAUGAGGGAUGUGAUCGAGCUGAAGAAACUGAACGGCGGCCUGACCAGGGCAGGUCCCAUCGACGACCUCAUCAAUGACUGCUACUCCAAGAUCUACCUCGACAUUGGCGAUAGCCUCCCCGGAACCGAGCCAGCCAAGGUCAUUGAGGAGAGACACAAGGCCAAGGAAGCCGAGGAAGCAGCGGCUGCCGAGGCAGCAGCAACAGCAGCAGCAGCCGAGCAGGAAGAGCGCAAGCCGGCCAACAAUGCGCUGCAGAGCUUGCUCAACCCGAUAGAUACCCAGGACGCCAAUGACAGUAGCCGACGCGCGACACCCACACCGCAAGAGUCAGAGAAGCCCGAAGCGGGCGGUACGCGCGCUCGACGCACCGGUAUCAGGAGACCUGAUGUGCUGCGCAAGGCAGAGCAGGCCGUCAUGCGGUCGAUGGAGCAACCCAAGGCCGGACCGGCGGCUAAGACGCGCACGUCUAGCAAGCGUGGCAGCCAGACUCCCGUCGCCGCCAUGAGCGAGGACAAUGCAGGUGGUGCAGCAGGAGCAGAAUCUGGAUCUGAUGGCGAAGAGGAAGAUGGCCCGGAUGCCCAGGUGCGUCGGGAGGCAGGGGAGACGGAAGCAAAGGGGACGCCUACUCCCCCGGGUAAUGUCGAUGCUGCAGCCGACACGACGACUGUUCAUCUGGGUAGCGACGACGAGAAUGAUGGUGAUGAUGAGAGCGAUCUCAGCGAUGCACCCGACGCCUCGGAUGGGGAGAUGCCACCUGGCCUCAUGUUCCCAAACCUCCGAAGAGGCGACGCUGACGACCAACAGACGAGUGGGGAGGAUGCAGGCAGCGAAAGCGAGGGGGAAGAAGACGAAGAGGCUGAAGAAGAGACAAAGCUAGAGGCCCACGAAGGUCAAGAGGCCGACGAGGAGGGAAGAGGCCAUGGGCAGGAUGAAGGGCUCCGUGAAGAAGAGGAUGAGGAAGAAGAGGUAGAAGCCGAUGUGACGCAUGGCAACGUGGCCGAUGAUGAGGAAGAAGAUGAUGAGGAGAAUGAAGGCCAGGAGGACACGGAGAUGGCAGACGCAGACGAAACGGCUGAUGGGUCGACCGUGCGUGUGCAUCCUGAGGAGGAUGAGUCUACUAUGGAAAGGGAUGAUGAGUAG